GGAAUCCGAGAAAGAAGACCAAAAUAAUUCGGGAUUUUUAAGUUUUAUCAAGAUUUUCCAAAAUAUCCUGAGAAUAGUGGGUCAAGAUGCUUCACUUGGCAAUACAAGCAGCCUGUGCUAGCUGUAGACCAGCAGUUAGGCACCUUAGCAGCACCUCUUCAUGUAUGGCAGGGAAAAGAUGGAGAGAGAGCCAAGGUUUAGGUAGAUCUGGUAAUGAAUACGGACCUCUCACUGAUAAUCCAGAUUGGUCCUAUGCAGAUGGACGCCCGGCCCCUCCCCAACCCAAUCAGCUAAGGAGAAAGGAAGAGCAGAGGGAACUAGCUGAGCGCAUUGACAUCCUGUCUAAGGAGAUGUUACAAGGGAAGGUCAAGUACCAGGAUAAGUUGGAUGCAAAGAGGAGACACGAAGAGAUGAGAGCCGAAAGGAGACUGAAGCCUAAGGGAAGUGCCUGGAAACAAGAGGACUAUGUGGAGAGAAGACGGACAGCGUCGUCUAAGAAAAUGCCAUCUACAUAGCAGUGAAUUAGAAGAAAUUUGGGAACUAUUUGUUUAUCAAAGACACUGUCAGUCAAAACUGCAUCUGUGAGACUGCUUUUACAGGGAAAGGCACUGACUUUAUGCGGGGAAGGAUCGUUUAAUCCGAUUCCUUGCAGCCAGAUAUUCACAUAUGUGAUGACAUCUCCCCGGGCUUCAGAAUGGUGGCACCUUUUUGUCCAGGUUUUGUUGUUGUUCAUGCAUGCAAUAUGUCAAGGUUUGUCGGUAAGCUAUUUCUUGUAUGUCAGUGUAUAUCGGUACAUAGAAAUGUGAACAAAAGUCAGUCAAUUUGAUAGCAAUCAAUUUAAUUGAUACUUAUGAAUAAAACAAAUGAAAUUUAAAGCAAUUCCCUGCUUGAAUAACAAGCAUCUGAUCAUUGCGAGGUAUUGAGAAUGGACCUACUGUAUUUUAAAUUCAUGAACCCAAUUUCAAUACCGUAGUCAAAUUGAACUGUGCAUGAAGUUGAGGAUGAAACCUAUGAACCUCCUUUACGAGCACUAAUGCUAAAAGCCUUAGCAGUAACAUCCAUAAAACCAUAAACUAGACAAACCAUUAAUACUAAAGAUUAUUUUUGAGUGGUCCCACCAGAAUUGUAACCAUGGAUACAGUUGUUGGAUUCCACCAACAGUUAUUGGGAAGAAGCAAAACAAAUGUUCCGAUGAUGUUGGCUUAAGCUUAAAACUGUCAUAAGUACAAGAUCCACUCUCUUUCUUUUUUGACAAUUUCAAACAGUUUGAGUGAAAUUGAGCCUCGUAAUCUCUUUGGGCAAUUUGGGAUAAAUCUGAUGGAUUGUGAUGAAGACUAUGUUUCUUAUCAUUUUCAUAAAGUUGUCAACUUUACAUGGUUUUGUGAAACAAGUUGUCAGCUUCCUGACAUUUCUGACAGCUUACAGACAAAGAUAUGACUGUCAUGGAGUUAGCUUUGUGAAACAACCCCAUUUAUUGAACAUAUGAUUUCAUCCUAUUGUCAUGUUCCAUGCAUACACUCGAUGGUUACUCGCUGUCCUAUGUGUGCACUCACUGUUCAUUUACUGUACAAAAAGGUACAUUGUGUUCAGGUUGGUCUUAUGAAAUGACACCCAUGCUUUCAUCUCUCAAUGUAUAUUCUGUUGUAAUAAACAAAAUUUAAAUAUA